AUGCUGCAUUUCGAAGAAAUUCUGGGUCGAGUCGACCAUCAAGGCCUCACCAAACUCUUCGGAGCGUCGCUUUUCCAAUCACAAGACGUCGAUACCUCUCACAAUUUCACAGUUCGAAAUGGUGUCGAGCACGAGUUGUGCGGUAUUUUGGGCGGUUCCGAGGGCAAUUGGCAGCGUGACGCUCAGCCGGUGCAAAAGAAGAUGAUGUUCGGAGAACGAGGAAUUCAGAUUCCCAGCCGACAAGCCGAGGCACACUCCAGCGAAGAGACGUUCACAGAGGACGGCAUUGUCGAGAUUCCACAGGCUGUCAUUGAUGAUAUCGAUGAGGAGGAGCUCGACGAGGACAUUCUCCGUGUCAAAGUGGAAACGGACCGCGCGUUCUUCAACCAUAUGCUUCUGGCACGUCCGGCGGCCGUACCAAUGACACCAGCACAAGCCAUGGAGCGAGAUGACCUACCCACGGGAAACGGAACAUUCGUCAACAAGAACAUCAGCGAUCGUCGAGAGCUUCUUUUCGGCGACAAACUACACAAAUAUCUGAAGUCUCAAGGCAAAAAAUCGCUAGUCGAGCUGAUGAAAGAAGCUGUUGAGGAGUCUGGAACAGACGGUGCUUUGGCCGACGUCUGGAACGAUGUCACAUCGGUGCUGAAUCGAAAAACGGUGGCGAGUCGAGACGACGUGACGACGACGGCGAAUCUUCUGGAGGAUGCGUGUAGAUAUCUUCAGAAAGUGUUCACUGAUCAUAUGCAGACUGUUGUUGAGAGGAAUUUGGAAAUCGCGGAGAGAGGAGGAAUUCCAGGCAAACGAGGACUGGUUAAUGCGUUUUUGAAGGUCGGCACCGAAGAGCCCUUCCAACCAGAAGACGACAGUAUCGACGGAAUGCCAACGUGGCAAGUGACAUAUCAUUGUGUCCGUGCUGGAGACAUGCAAGCAGCCGCCGAGACCCUCAACCGACUCAAAUCGUUCCCACAGUGCGCAACUCUGGUCGCCUCGCUGAACCACGUGGCAAAACACAAGAAAUUGGAUGCGGAGCUUAAGAAAAAGCUGAAAGUCGAGUGGCGUCACAACGUCGGCCACACCAAGGACAAGUACAAGCGUGCUCUCUACGCCGCCCUUCUCGGCGGACUCGAAUCCGCGGCUCUCGCUGAUACUCUAGAGAAUUGGAUCUGGUUUAAGCUAUACCCACUUCACGUCGAUCCACAGUUGACGCCGUUGCUGUUCCAGGAGGUUCAGAAAGCCGUUUCGAUUGAUUAUGGAGAGCAAUACUUCAUGUCAAAUGGCCCCUCCGAGUUCCAGUACUUCUUCACGGCUCUCUGGCUUUCUGGACAAUUCGAGAGGGCUAUUUAUCUCCUUCACGAGUGCGGACAACGAGUGGAUAGUGUACACGUGGCGAUUCUCGCACACAAGUUGGGAUAUCUUCGGAUGUCGGUCAAGUCGACCGAUGAGAUGUUAGUCGUCGACCCGAACGACGCCACGAAAUGUCAUCUGAAUCUCGCUCGGCUCAUCGUCGCCUACACGAAAAACUUUGAGCUGAUCGAUGUGCCACGAUCGCUGGACUAUUGGUUCUUGCUUAAGGGAAUCUCGACGCCUACAGGAUCCGACGUCUUCGAGAUGGCAGUGAGCCGGUCGGUGUAUUUGACUGGACAGUGUGACGCGAUUCUGGGAACACUGACGCCGGAUGGACGAAGAGAGAAGGGGCUGAUUGAUGAAUACCUCGACGAUCCAUCGGAAGUGAUCAAUCGUGUGGCGAGUGACACGGAACUCACCGGUGAAUGGGAUCAAGCCGUCAGUCUCUAUCUGCUAGCAUCCAAGUCCACAAACGCCGCCAAACUGUUAUCAUCGGAAAUCAGUGAGACACUCCGUGCGGAUAACAAGGAGAAGAUUGGCGAGCUGGUUACAGUAGCUGAGCAAUUCAAACGCGUUCAAAAGGGAUGUCAAGCGGCUGAGUAUGCCACGCUGUCGUUGUUGGUCGAUCUCGCGGUGCUGUUUGAUCACUGCAGAAAUGAUAACGCUGAUACCGCUUAUGGGUUAGUUUUUGAUCUCCGCCUAAUCCCAACCGAGCCGGAUCAAGUGACCGUAAUCGUCAACGAGUUCCAUAUGGUACCACAGAAGGUUCGAGAAGUGCUUCCAGACAUGUGUCUCCACCUGAUGAAGUGCCUCGUCGAUCACUGUAUUCGUCAGUCGACGAGUCUCGCGAAUCGUGGCGCCAACGCCGCCAACACCUCAAUGUUCUCCUCGUCGAAUCGCUAUGUGAAGCAGAUCAAGGCAAUCGUUUUGUACUCGGCAACUGUUCCAUACAAGUUCCCAACACAUGUGACGUCCAAACUUCUUCAAUUGCAAGCAUCUCUUGGAUUCUGA